AUGAAUGAACCGACAGCAUGUCCCUCCACCCGUAACUCACCGUCCCCCGAACUGAAAGGGUGGUGCGCCAUCGUGUGGACCUAAAGGACAUAGCGGGAUUUGACUGCCGAGAAUCGUGUCCCUCAUCUCGGAUAUUUCACCUUAAUCGGGUGAUCAUACAGAUUCUUAAUUGAAAAAUAAAAUUCAUAGAACAAACCGGGAAGCCAAUGUGCACCUUUUAAUAAAAGCACAUCCGACGGCUUCAAAAAGUGAAAUUGUAAAAAGGAUGAGUUACUAUGGCAACAGCGAGACGCCGCGCGGUCGCCACGGGAAACCGGAUGUGGCGUAAAGUGGAUCGCUGAAAGUUUUGAACCAUUUUGAGCGGCCAAAUCCGUGCUUAAAAAGACACAAUGAGCCAACACCAACACUCAUGGGAGCGGCUGGACACUGAGUUUGACCAUUUCCUGUUGGACAUGAAGCCGUAUGUCCUCAAACACCCCAGCAAGACAGAGCGCCAGCAAUGUGCAGCGUGGGUGAAGAAGCUGUGUGACCCGGCCUCGUGUGGCGCGGGCGUGACGGGUCGUAAGAACCGCAACAUGCACGCCCGGUUGCUCCUUCACAUGCUCAAAAGAGGAGUCUUGGAGAGGCCGUUCACCAGCAGACCCGAGCCCGGCGGCCUCAAGGCGCUCCCCACUUACGUGUCGAUCUACUUUGAUGAACCACUGCGAGGUGGAUCAGAGGAGCAGAGCAAUGCAGGUCUGCCCGACUGGGUGACGGGGGAGCUGGGGGGCUACUCUGAUGACUGUUUGACUGCCAGCCUGCUUAAAGACAGAGUCAGUUCCACUCCUAUCGCAGCUCACCACAGGAGACGACUGUACGAGGAGAGGACUCCACCGGGACCGUUGUCCUCCAGUCCACACAAACGGUCACAGAAACACGGCGCCGGGAGGGUGGAAGCGGAGCUGAAUGCAGAUGCGUCUCCCGAUGACAGGGACCUGGAGGCUCGUCUCAACAGCUGGAACUUGGGGAUUGAAAGCCCCAGGUAUUUGCGAGGGAACCCCAUCCCCUUCUCUCUGAUUUCCAAGCCGAGUUUUGGGGGGAACGGACCCCUGGUGGCUGAUCAGGGCCCACAGCCUGCACACAGCGAGGAGGCGUACAGCACUACUGAGAUGACAAUUAAACUUCUGGAGUCCAAGCACCAGGAGGAGAAGUUGAAGAUGCAACAGAGACACGAUGCAGAUGUUGAGAAAAUUCUGGACCGAAAGAAUGGUGAGAUCGAGGAGACUAAGAGCCUCCAUCGGGCCAAGCAGAAAGAAUCUGAGGAGACGAUCCGUAAGCUGGAGAGGAAAGUUCAAAGUGUGACGCGGGAGUCCCAGGCGGCCUGCGAGAGCAGAGAGAAGCUGAUCGCUGAGCUGAAGAAGACGUCGGAUCAGAGCACCGACUCCCUGAGAAACGAGUGGGAGAAGAAGCUGCACGCCGCCGUGACCGAGAUGGAGCAGGACAAGUUCAAGUUGCAGACGAAACACACGGAGAACAUCCAGGAGCUGCUGGAGGACACCAACCUCCGGCUGGCCCAGAUGGAGGCUGAGUAUAUCGCCCGGUCCCGGGCUGCAGAGCAGACGGAGCGCGAGCUGCAGCUGCGGGUGAAGCAGCAGUCCGCGGAGGUGGAGAAGGGCAACGCGCUGCGUCAACGGAUGGCUCAGGAGAAGGCCCAGUUGGAGACUCACGUCGUGUCCAUCAGCACCGAGCUGCAGGAGGCCAACAAACGAAACGCGCUCCUGCAGAAGGAGAAGGAGCAGCAUGAGCAGGAGCUCCGAGUCCAUUAUGACACCCAGCUGAGCCGCUUGCAUCAGGAACACGAUCUGUCUGCUGCUAAGUCCUCCGAGGUGAUGGGCGACUUGGAGAAAACGGUUGCGGCGCUCAAGCAGCAGCUCUCGGACACUCAAAGCCGAAGCCAUCAACAAGUCAAGGAUCAAGAGACGCAGUUCCAGCAGGAAACGGACAAAGUGCGGAUCAACUGUGAGAAGAAGGUUUUGGAAAUCCAAAAUGAAGCAGAGAAAGAGAGAACUGAAGGGAAGAGGAAGAUGGCCAAACUUGAAGAUGCACUCAGGGAGAUGGAGAGCCAGCUGGACCGGGCCAGAGAGAGCCAACGGCAGCAGCUCCAGCAGGCGGACGCGGCCCUGGAGCAGUUCAAGAAGCAGGUGGAGCUCAGCGCUGAGAAGACCUACGCGAACAUGAAUCUCCAGAUGGAGAAGGUGGAGGAGGACCUCAUCCGUUCCAAGUCCCUGAGGGAGAAGCAGGCCAAAGAGUUCUCCCAGCAGCUUGAGGCACUCAGACAGAAAUACGAGCAGCAGAUGGCGGAGCAGCGCGAGCAGCACGAGCAGGAGAGGACGCGGCUCCAGCAGCAGCACAGCGCGUAGAAGGACAGCCUGGUCCAGGAGCGCCAGUGGGAGGAGGGCAGCCUGGAGAGGCAGGCCAAGGCAGCGCUGCAACACCACCAACAGCUCAGUCAGGAGUGGAGGAAGCGCGA